CCUGAGUUCCACUUACAGCCAUAAAGUGAGGGCUAUGCCUCAAAGCCAUGAGCUUCGAGCGAGGUCAAGAUGGAACUACUUUGCUCGAGUCGCUUUCUUCGGCGUCAAGGGCACCUGGCAACUCUAGCAGUGUGGAAUCCAUCGACUUUGACGUCUAUGAAAGCCAAACUAACUUGUCGAAAGGAACAAGCCGAACGGGCCGAACGGUCCUGCAAUCCUCUUUGAAAUGGAUGGCGAUUGCUCUCGUUGGACUAGCUACAGGCUCUGUGGCUUCUGGCAUUGACUAUGGCAUCGAGUUUCUCACCAAAAGCCGAUUUGGCUUAAUCAAGUCUCUCAUCAAUGCGGGCUGCAGCUCAACUGUCCUUGUACUGGUUCACUUGGUGUUGUGUACAAGCCUAGCAGGCAUCGCAGCUGGCUUAGUGUGCUUUGUGUCGCCAUAUGCGGCCGGCAGCGGCAUUCCUGAAGUGAAGAGCCGCUUGAACGGAGUUGACUUGCCUGUGGUGGCACCGCGCACCCUCGUGGCGAAAGCAUGUGGAGUCCUUUUCAGCGUGUCAGCUGGCUUACCCUGCGGCAAGGAAGGCCCAAUGAUACACAGCGGGGCAAUCAUGGGUGCGCUUUUUGCAAGGCUCACCACGCGCUUGGAACCACACUCCUUGCUCCACGAGAUGGACUUGAGGGACUUCAUUGCAGCAGGUGGUGCCGCAGGAGUGGCAGCAGCAUUUGGCGCUCCGGUGGGAGGCGUUCUGUUUGCGCUGGAGGAGGGAGCGUCUUUCUGGAAUCCACAAGUCCUUCUACAGACACUCCUUUGCUCAUCAGUGGCAGCCCUAACCUUGAACUUGUUCCUGGGAGGAGUUGAUUCAAGUGGCUUUGGCACAUUAGGAGCGCUUGGGGUUCUUACCUUUGGCAGCUACUUUGAAAGCAAUGCCACCAGCUAUCACAUAUGGGAGUUGCCCUUUUUUAUAGCCCUUGGCAUAGUUGGGGGGCUAAUGGGAGCUGCAUUCAAUGCACUCAAUGUUCCCUUGAGCCUUUGGCGGAUGCGGAAUGUUGGCGCUGCCGGCGUGAAGCGCUUCUGUGAAGCUGCUGUGGUGGCAGCCAUCAUUGCCCUGAUUUUCAUCGUUCCGCCUCUUCUGCUCAACAGCUGCUAUGUCACAGAUGUGAAGCAGUACAAGCACGACUCACUGAGCAUAACCUGCGUACCGUCAGAGCACCACUACGAUUCCACUCUGGGCUUGUUCAUGACCCCAAGCGAGGAUGCCAUCAAAGUAUUGUUCCAUGAUCCUGAGCCAUUUCAUUCUGGACUGCUGAUGAUGUUCGGCCUAGUCUACUUUGCCUUGGCAUGCUGGACAUAUGGGCUUGGAGUUCCCAGUGGGCUCUUCGUGCCAUCGCUUCUGUCUGGAGCAGUGCUCGGCCGGCUGAUUGGGCAAGCUGUGCACACAGUGGGAGCAGUGGCCCCUGCUGGGAUGUACUCCAUGGUGGGCGCAGCGGCAAGUCUUGCUGGUAUGGCUCGCAUCACGGUCUCAUUAGCAGUGAUCAUAGUUGAAGCAACUGGGAACACGCAGUACAUCAUUCCCAUCCUCUUUGCUGUCAUGAUUGCCAAAGCUGUUGGCGACUUAUUCAAUGAAGGCAUUUAUGACAUCCACAUUCACUUGAAACAUGUGCCCUUCCUGGAGUCGGAUGCAAAAGUACAGCUUUGCAAUGAGAAAGUAUCCAAAGUGAUGACUCGGCAAGUUGAGAGCUUGCGGUCUGCCGAAAGUUUGGAAAGACUCUCUUUCUUGAUGCAGACGUCGCACAAUGCAUUUCCUGUUGUGGAUGGUACUGGUUCUCUGCUGGGCAUGCUAAGCCGCAGUGUGUUGGCCGAUGUAGCACGCGAAUGUCCAGAGGGCCUAGAAACAGAAGGACCAGAAGCGGUGGAUUUGAAGCCGUACGUCAACUUGGGCAGCUAUUCAAUUCACGAAAGUGCAACAGUGCGUCGAGCAUAUGCGCUUUUCCGUUCAAUGGGGCUGCGGCACUUGCCAGUAGUUGGGCAUGGUGGCAUUCUAAAGGGUAUUGUGACAAGGAGAGAUUUUCUGGAGCAUCUCACCAGAUGUGCAGUGUGA